AUGGCAGCGUCGGCAGUAUUCGUACUCGAUGUGAAGGGAAAAGUUCUUAUAUACAGAGACUACAGAGGUGACGUCGACAUGGGGAUAAUUGAAAAGUUUCUUCCGGUUAUCAUCGAACGCGAGGAAGAAGGCAAUAUAUCCCCCGUCAUUCAAUGUGGGGGCGCCAGUUUUGUUUACGUAAAGUACAAUUAUUUGUAUUUGGUCGCUCUCGCGAAGAACAACGCUAAUGCUGCGUUAAUAUUUUCUUUUUUGUACCGCCUUGUAAACAUUUUUCUCGAGUACUUUAAAGAUCUGGAAGAAGAAAGCAUACGGGACAAUUUCGUCGUCACAUAUGAGCUCUUGGACGAGGUCAUGGAUUUCGGCUAUCCUCAGACGACGGAUUCGAAAAUUUUACAGGAGUACAUAACCCAGCAAAGUAGCAAACUCGAAAUCGCCCCUCGACCACCUAUCGCCGUAACUAAUGCCGUCUCUUGGCGUUCGGACAGUAUAAAAUACAGACGGAACGAAGUUUUUCUUGACGUCAUCGAAAGUGUCAAUUUACUGGUGAGCUCCUCGGGAAGCGUCCUGCGAAGUGAAAUCGUGGGCAGUAUUAAGAUGAAAGUUUUCCUUUCUGGAAUGCCAGAAUUGCGUCUUGGUGUAAAUGACAAAGUUCGUUUUGAGUCUACAGGGCGAGGCAAGGGAAAAGCUGUCGAGCUAGAAGAUAUAAAAUUCCACCAGUGUGUCCGAUUGUCUCGUUUUGAGAAUGAUAGGACCAUCUCCUUCAUCCCGCCAGACGGUGAAUUCGAGCUAAUGUCGUAUCGUUUGAAUACACAUGUAAAGCCUCUGAUUUGGGUCGAAUCGGUUAUUGAGAGGCAUGCACACAGUCGUGUCGAGUAUAUGGUCAAGGCAAAAGCACAGUUCAAGCGCCGCAGCACUGCUAACCAAGUUGAGAUCCUCCUCCCCGUGCCCAGCGACGUCGAUUCGCCGCGCUUUAAGACUACAGUUGGCGCCUGCAGGUAUAUACCGGAAGAAAACAUCGUCAUCUGGUCCAUCAAGAACUUCCCUGGUGGCAAAGAAUAUAUGAUGCGCGCUAGCUUUGGUUUACCUUCUAUUGAGGGUGAUCCCAGCCUUGAAGUAAAACCACCGAUCUCGGUUCGUUUUGAGAUUCCCUACUUCACAGUUUCAGGCCUUCAGGUGCACUAUCUCAAAAUCAUCGAAAAAAGUGGUUAUCAUGCACUGCCCUGGGUUCGCUACAUAACUCAGAAUGGUGAUUAUCAACUUCGCAUGGUUUAA